AUGGAUCAAGGACAAUUUAAAAUGUUUUUGGAGUACCAAACGAAGAUGUUCCAGCAAUUGCUGCAAUCGGUAGCGCCAGCAGCUGGCCAAUCCGAAAGACCGCAGCAUAGUGCCUCUAGUGUAACUGUUCCACAGCCGUCGCCAUUAUGUUUGGAAGGUGACAUGGCUGAAAAUCUAGACUUUUUUGAAAAAUCUUGGAACGAAUAUGUGAAAGCCGUUGGCAUGGACAGGUGGCCACCGGCGGAGAAUGGCCGGAAAGUGAGUUUCCUUCUAUCAGUGAUCGGAGAACAAGCAAGAAGAAAGUAUUUUAACUUUGAACUAACGGAAGCGCAGCAAGUCGAUCUGCCGUCAGCUCUGGCGGCAAUAAGAGCAAAAGUGUUAGUGAAAAGAAACAUUAUUAUAGAUCGAUUGGAUUUCUUCGAAGCCGUUCAGAAUCCAGUGGAAUCCAUCGAUGAGUUUUACGGUCGUCUCAAACUGUUAGCGAAGAUGGCCAAAUUAGGAGCGCUCGAAGAGGAAUUCAUCGUUUAUAAGAUUGUGACCACGAACAAAUGGAGCCACCUACGAACCAAAAUGCUGACAAUUGCGGAUAUCAACCUUGGAAAAGCUAUCGAUCUGUGCCGAGCCGAAGAGAUAGCGAGCAAACGUUCUCAGGAUCUAGCAUCUACUUCAGCAAACCAGCCCAAGGAUGUACUAAAAGUCAGCAAGCAACGAGGAAGUUUCAAGCCAAGGAAACCGACGUGUAAGUUUUGUGGCGAACAACACGAUUUCGCAAAAGGAGUUUGCCCUGCUUUCGGCAAGAAAUGCUAUCGAUGUAACGGGAAAAACCACUAUGAAGCAGUUUGCAAGUACCGCUCGUCGCAGAAGAAGCAUAGCAAGAAGUUCAAACGUGUGAAGGAAGUGAAAGAAGACAGUCCUUCGGAUACCGGAGCAACCUCAGACAGUGAAUCAUCCACGGACGAAGCCGAGGAGGAGUUGGAAAUCGGCAGAAUAUUCGAUAACUCAGGAACCGGUGGCAGCGUGUCGGCUGAGCUGAAAAUGAAAUUCGGAAACGUCUGGAAAAAGGUCCUCUGUGAACUGGACACAGGUGCGAACACGAGCCUAAUUGGGUACACUUGUCUGAUGCAGUAUACUGGUAAGCGAAACCCUUUGAUUCUUCCUUCCAAAUUAAAAUUACAAAGUUUCGGUGGUAAUCCGAUCGAUAACAUGGGAGAAGUUAAAAUACCUUGCCGAAGAAAUGAUAAAAAAUAUCGAUUAGUGCUUCAUGUAGUAGAAGGCAAUCAUCGUCCACUUUUAUCGGCUAGAGCAUCUCAGGAGCUAGGAUUUGUAAAGUUUUGCCACAGUGUCUCCUUCGAGAAAUCAAAAGCUCCUUCUGAACCCCCAAAGAAUCUAUUCAGCAUUUAUCGAGUUAAAGCUCAAAAAAUCGUCGAUAGCCACCCUAAUCUUUUUUCGGGCUAUGGUAAGCUUCCCGGAGAAAUUUCCUUGGAGAUUGAUCUCAACAUUGCACCGUCUAUUCAACCACCUCGACGUGUACCUAUAGCAAUCCGAGGUAAACUUAAAGAAGAACUCGAGUCAUUGGAGCGAGAUGGAAUAAUCGUCAAGGAAACCAACCACACCGACUGGGUCAGUAACCUGGUAAUAGUACAACGAGGAGGCCCCGAAUCAGGUGUACGCAUUUGUCUUGACCCGGUACCGUUAAACAAGGCAUUGAAACGACCGAAUUUGCAGUUUGUCACACUAGACGAAAUUCUACCCGAAUUAGGAAACGCCAAGGUGUUCUCUACUGUGGAUGCCAAAAAGGGAUUCUGGCACGUGGUGCUGGAUAAAAUCAAGUUGCAGGAGGUCAUCGAAGGCUUAGAAGGAGUGGAAUGCAUUGCCGACGAUUUGCUGGUGUAUGGUGUUGGUAAUUCGUUGGAAGAAGCGCUGCAGAAUCACAACGAACGUUUGAAAAAGUUAUUAUGCAAACUUGACGCCAGCAACGUUAAGCUCAAUCGAUCGAAACUGAAGUUGUGCGAAAAUUCAGUUAAAUUUUAUGGACAUGUUUUAACUGACCAUGGGUUGAAAGCAGAUCAAGACAAAAUCAGCACCAUAAAACAAUAUCCCGCUCCAACUAAUGCCAAGGAAGUACAUCGAUUUAUCGGCAUGGUCAAUUAUCUAAGCCGAUUCAUCCCUAACUUAAGCGCUAACAUGUCUAACCUACGAAAAUUGAUUGUCGAAUCAACACCAUGGAAAUGGACUGCUGUAGAAAACGAGGAGUUCAAUCGGAUUAAGUCUCUGGUAGCCGACACGAAAACGCUCAAGUACUACGAUAUGCACCUGCCAUUGUCAAUCGAGUGCGACGCCAGCAGCACUGGUCUUGGGGUAGCCGUGUUUCAGCAGAAUGGCAUUGUUGGGUACGCUUCACGAACAUUGUCUGCAACGGAAAGAAAUUAUGCCCAAAUAGAGAAGGAAUUAUUGGCUAUUCUAUUUGCGUGCAUUCGUUUUGAUCAGCUUAUUGUUGGUAAUCCCUCGACAACCAUCAAAACUGACCAUAAGCCAUUGAUAAAUGUGUUUCGUAAACCUCUUCUGACUGCGCCGCGAAGGCUGCAACAUAUGCUGCUGAACUUGCAGAGAUACAAUUUGGCAGUAGAGUUCAUCACUGGAAAGGACAACGUCGUAGCAGACGCACUAUCCCGAGCACCACUUCCAGAGGCCGAACAAUCGGAGGAAUUCCAGAAGCACAAUGUUUACCAAGUGUUUAGUGAAUUAAAAAGUCUAGACCUCAAGAAUUACCUGACUGUGUCGGACGCUCGAUUGGAAGAAAUCAAGACCGAGACAGAGAAGGAUCCAUCGAUGCAGACGCUUGUUGAAUUCAUUCGUGGUGGUUGGCCUUCAUCUAUUGAUCGUGUGCCGGAUAAUUUGCGUGUCUACCAUACCUAUAGACAUGAAUUGACAUCUCAAAAUGGUUUAGUGUUCCGAAACGACCGUAUUCUGGUGCCAUUUAUGCUGAGACGAAAGCUGAUAGAUUGUUGCCACACGAGUCAUAAUGGCAUCGAGGCCACUUUAAAGUUAGCACGAGCUAAUUUGUUCUGGCCUGGGAUGAGCUCCCAAAUCAAGGAGGUGAUAAAAAGUUGCUUCAUUUGCGCCAAGUAUGCGGCAUCGCAGCCAAAUCCACCUAUGCAAAGCCAUGCGAUACCGGUAUACCCUUUUCAGCUGGUGUCUAUGGACGUAUUUGUGGCCGAGUAUUUGGGAUCGAAACGUUAUUUUCUCGUCACUGUUGAUCACUACUCCGAUUUCUUCGAGAUCGACAUUCUUAAGGAUCUCUCAGCCGAUACAGUGAUAACGGUCUGCAAGAUGAAUUUCGCUCGUCACGGGAUUCCCCAGCGAUUGCUCACUGACAACGGAACCAAUUUUGUGAACCAAAAGAUGAUGAAGUUGGCAGCAGAAUGGAACAUCGAGCUCGUUACCUCAGCACCCUACCACCAGCAAGCUAAUGGCAAGUCCGAGGCGGCCGUCAAACUUGCAAAACGACUGUUGAAAAAAUCGAACGAAAGCGGUGCUGAUUUCUGGUAUACUUUGCUGCACUGGCGAAACAUUCCAAAUAAAAUCGGAUCGAGUCCAGUAGCCCGUCUCUUCUCAAGGUCCACACGGUGCGGGGUUCCUUCAGCAGUUUCGAAUUUGCAGCCGAAAAUUGUCAAGGAUGUACCAGCUAAAAUAGAAGCUCAUCGUCAACGAAGCCAAGCAAACUAUAAUAAGACAACUCGUAACUUACCGGAACUGCAAACUGGAUCUCCGGUUUUUGUUCAACUUACACCAUCAACAGACAAUCUUUGGACUCCUGGUAUCGUCCAAAAGCGAUUGACCGACAGAUCGUAUGUGGUACAAGCAAACGGAGAAAACUAUCGCAGAUCACUGGUUCACCUGAAGCCAAAUUCAACGGAAGCUGUUGUUCCAGAUAUUUGUCCAAACCGAAACACCAACCGAGCAAAUAUAGCAGCUGAUAAUCAGGAAGCAGUACCAAGUUCGGAGAAAGCAAAUCAAAACGAAUCAGAUGAUUUGUUUACAUCGCAAACGUCAUCAUCAUCGAUUACACCAACGCUAUCAUUGAUGGAAAGGGUUCCGUCAGUUACACCGAACGAGAUACACCGUCCGAAGAGAACCACCCGCAUUCCAAAAAAGUUGAACGACUAUCAACUGGAUUUUUGA